AGCCUUCUGUUUCGUCAUUACGGUUAGGACAAGUAAGAAACCAGCUGCAUUGACACAAGGAGGUGGCAGGAAUCAUGCAGCCUUUGGACUCAGAGCAAAGCUUAAUCAAAAUCAGCCACUGUAAGAAAGACAUCUUUGGCUUCUUUGUGCCCAAGCACUGUCCUUUCUGUGGGCAGAAUCUGAGCUACAGGAGACUAGAUGAAGCGCCUGUCAGUAUUCCCAACCCAUUUGUUAAUGGGCACAGACAGAGAUGGUCUUUUUUACUUAAACCUACAGCGGGAACCUUUCUAAGAGGGUAUGAUGGAAGUUCUGAUCUUCAUGUUGGAAUAACCAAUACGAAUGGUUUGGUAUAUAAUUACAACGCAGCUGGAGUUAACGUAGCUGAAUAUGGAUGGGAACAAUGUGUAAGUGUUCCCCUAGUCCAGCCUGACAUGUAUGGCCUGCUUUACCUGUGGGAUACAUACCUAGAACAAUUCUCAGCAGCGGAGAUCUGGCUUCCACACAGGUAUGAAGAACAUAUGCACAACUGCUACACAUACGCACUAACAUUUAUUAACUGCGUGCUCAGUGCCCAAAAGAAGCAACAAAUGAACAGAAGUGAAUUUACAGAGAAAUUUCUGAUUCCACGCACAAAGAAAGCAUCCAAGUAUAUCACCAUCUACAAGGAAAUAUGCAAGAAUGGCUUCUGUGUUGUUGACCACCCUGCUCAGGAUGAUGGUGCUUCCACAGGGACCAUUUGACUUUAUAAUUAAGCAAAUGACAGAUAACAAAUGGAAGUAAAAUAAUCAGGCAGUACAACAUGAUUUAAUGCAUAUUUACUUGUAAGGAAGUCCCAUUGAGGAUUAUUCCAUAAUGUCCAUAAGAUUGCAGAGUCUUGAAACAUAACAUAAGCUUUCCAAUAGGUUUCUCUUUACCUUCCAAACUAUGGCCUAUAAUCUAUAAGAUGUGUGUCUGUUUGUUCACACCAUAUCACCAAGACUGUGAAAGCUAUAGACCUGAAAGCUAGAGGCAUGCUUAUUAAGGGAACCCUAGGGGUACCCACUUCGAGUGCUUUAUUUUUAAUGCAUCCAUUUUAAUGUAUCUAUGUGGUUGAAGAGUGCAGUAACAUCUUCAAUCACUUCAAUCAGACUUCCCUAACCAGUACAUAGCUUUGCAGUUGAUAGUUUGAGGCCAAGAGACAGUGUUAUAUGGCUUUUCUCUCCCCACUACCGUGAGGGCAGCCCCCUCAGGGCAAUAGAGUGAACAGAGCCCUCCCUCAAGGGGCUUAUACGAGUGCAGGGGUCAUGCCUAGGGGAGCCAUGACUUCACUCUGAGAGCCAUGUAUGUUUGCUUGAAGGCUUCCCUGUAUCAAACUAAGGGCUAUUCCAAACCAGCCAAAGCUGGGUCUGUUCACUAUUAUAUAAAAUAAAGACACGGAUUGGAUCCUAACUAGGCAUCCAUGAACAAAAGGAACCUUCCCCUCACAGACGGGACCAAGAUUCAGCAGAGGAUCCGGCUUGCAGAAGACUUGGGAGAAAGGCAAUUUUCACCCAUUCCUUCUCCCCGUGCAGCCCACCCUACCCCCAGUUACAGGGGGUUCCCCGAUCCUACAGGGCCACAAGGAGGAAGAAUGGAAGGAUGCAAGUUGCCUCCCCUUUCUGCUGGUGACAGAGUCUGUGACCCAGCCAUUACCUGUAUUCAUUUACCAUAUAGGGAAAAGCUUCUUUAUAUUCACUUAUGUUUAAUAUAUUGCAGUAAAGUGUUGGUUGUUUGGAACAUUAUAGUUCCUUCUGGAUUUGGUACUGAUUUUCAUACAAUUUAUGGCUACAAUCUUAUGCACACUUACUUGGGAGCAAGCCCCAUUGGCUAAAUGAGAUUUACUUCCAAGUACAUGUGCGUAGGAUUGCUCUGUAAGCCAGUUCCCUACAUUAUCAGUCUGCAUUCUCUAUAAACUUUCAAAGAAUCAAUGUGAUGCUCCGUCUGUUAAACUGGGGUUCUUGUGUGCCAUGGAGGAACGACCACAGUGUUCUGGAGCUAAGGCUAGGUUUGCUCCCACUGCAACAGAAUGACCUGUAUAACAAGCACUAUGCUAAAAGUCACAGAAAGAUCAACACACGCUGGGCUGAGAAUAGAAAUGUUCUGCUUGGAUAAAACAUUAUGUCAGUGUCUGUCUAGUUUAUGUAUAUAU